CGGCUUCAGAGCUGGGACCAAUCAUCAGCCUCAGCUCCCGGGUCCCGCCCCAUGUUCUCACAGCGAACGCCGCCGCCAUGUUUCAAGGGCAGCGCGGUUGGUUCUGCCGCAGUGUCAGCCAGGACCUGAGGCAGUUCUGGGUGGCCGAGGGAGGGACAAUCAGCGACGCUCAGGCGGCCAACUUCUUAUUCAGCUGCGAUGCCUCGCACCCAGACACAAUGAGAAUUUAUCAGAGCCUUGAUUACAUAGAAGAUAAUGCUACGGUUUUUCAUGCCUGCUAUCUCUCUGCAGUAGCCAGUGCUGAAAUUAAAAGCUCAGUGCCUUUAGGUCAUUUCAUGCUUCCUCCUGCAUGCCUGCAAAAAGAAAUAAGAAGAAAAAUUGGUAGUUUUAUUUGGGAACAAGACCAACAUUUUCUGACAGAAAAGCAUGAUGAAGUAACAUCAAAAGAAAUAAAAUGUCUUAGUGAAAGCAGUGGACUAGCAACAGAGGACAAAAAAGAAUUGUCCAAAAGCUCAGAAGAGGAUUUUACAAGGACUCCAGUUGUAGAGAAGCAGAUGUACUUCCCUCUUCAAAAUUAUCCAGUGAACAACAUGGUAACAGGUUAUAUAUCAAUUGAUGCCAUGAAGAAAUUUCUUGGAGAGAUACAUGACUUCAUUCCUGGAAGCUCAGGAUAUUUGGCAUACCAUGUUCAAAAUGAAAUUAACAUGUCUGCUAUAAAAAACAAAUUGAAGAAGAAAUAUUCACUAAUCUGAGUACUUAUUUUCUAUAAAAUAUUACCAUAUUAUAUGCAUAAUUUAUAAUGAUCCCUUUUGGGACAAGGAGAAUGGGGAAAUGAAAAAUUCUUCUCUUCCUCAAUAUGUGUCUAGGAAUUUCAGAAUCCUUUUGGCUCUGUGUUUGGACAUUUGGGCUGGACUUUCCCUCAGCUGUAAAUUAUGUUUAUAAAUUCUGAGUGCACGGUUGUUAUAGAGAGUAACUGAAACAUGCUUUGUGAGAAACUUCUCUCUCUUCCUCCCCUUUCUCUGUCAAAUGCUUUUUUGGUUUUAACAUUCUAAUUUUUUUUUAAGGUUUAAUGCUAAACUUUUUGAAUCUGGUCAUCUUACUUUUAUUUUAAAAAUUAUAAUGCCACAGUUCUGAAUUAUUUUUUCUGACUUGAAACAUAUGGAAUAAAACAUUUUAAUAAUUCA